CUGUACAACUACCCACAGCUCGUGACUGCCUCUCUCAAGCUAAUUUUCAGGCAUUUUAGUCAGAAACAAGAGACCAUUUCAGCAAUAAAACAAGUACAGCUAUUGAUAACUUACUCUGACUCCAAAAAUUACAAGCAAAUAAAAUGCGACCUAGAGGAGUUGAGAUUACUGGUUGAGAAGUCAGAACUUUGGGUCACCAAAAAAAAAUCUACUAACAAAGUUUUGUGCAACAACUCCUCAAUCGGCCACCACCAACAUCCUGGCGGCCACGAGGGUCAGGGGUCGUCCCAAGGUCACACAGCUCCCAGAUCAUCUCAAGGUCAGAGGCCAGUUCAGAGUCGAAGUUCAAGGGCGUACAAUCAGAGGUUGUUGAAAAAUUUAGGGGUGCACGAGGCAAUGAUUGAACUCUUGCAGAUUCAAUACGACAAGAAGAACGACAGAUCGAUGAACGAAAUAAUACAGCUCGUUCACAUCUUCAUUCAGAACUUCUGCUACAGAAACCCGGCCAAUCAGAAUUUAAUCCAUCAAAAUUUUAACUUAUUCCUAUCGCCAGGAAUCUUAGAAUGCGAAACGGCCUGCUUCAUAUACAAAGACAAUGCAAAUUUGUGUGCAAAUCUCUCUCAGAGCACGGUCCAGCAUUAUAUAACCUGCAUAGAAAAAUAUGGUCGGAAGUCAGAGUAUCUGAAGUUUCUUCAAAUUAUCGUUCGAUCUGAGACGUAUGUGUACCACAGAAAAGCUCAAGACAUGAUAAUGACGGGUCUGAUGGAUAGCAGCGAGGAAGUUUUGCACUUUUACACGGACUCCAGCUCCAUCCAAUCAUUGGUCGAGAAUAUGAAAUCUCAAAUCGGGCCACUCGAUCCCCGCUCCUCAUUGGCUUAUCACGUUGACCUUGUUAAUUUAUUAGCCUGUUGCACUGAAGGCAAGAAUGUUUUCACUGAAAUCCGCUGUCACUCGCUGCUCUCCUUG